AUGGGAAUUUACUGCUUGAGAGCACUUCGAGAUGCUCUGGUAUCAACGUUUCCGGGAGCUCGUGCGGCAGGUUGUUGGUUUCACCACAAUCAAGCUGUGUGGAGAAAAAUGAGUAAGCUCGGUUACUUGAAUUAUGCAAACCAUAAUGAGAAUGCUUUAAAAACAGUUAAACUUCUGUUAUGUCUUCCCCUGCUUCCGGCCCGCAACAUUGAAAGAGGAUUUACUCUUAUAAAAGCAUUCGUUCACCACCGUGGAGUGCACCUUGAACGUCUACUUCUAUAUUACCAAAGGUACCUGAUAAGGUCUGUUGGACCAGAGGUUGUUUCGGUAAAUGGAUUGCCAAGAAAGACCAAUAACAGUUGUGAAAGUUUUCAUGCAAAAUUAAAUGCAUUGUUUCACUCAGGACAUCCGAAUAUUUUUAUUCAUGUUGUCACUCUUCUAGGCAUACAGUGUGAUACCUAUAUUAAAUUACCAAGCAAUGCAACAACAAAAACAUCAACUAUUUAA